CACGAAUGUCACCCGAGGCACUGCCCUGGCUCCCUGUCCCUGCUGGGGCACUGCAGGAGCUCCUGGAUCAUCAGCCAUCCUUGUUCCCUCUCCAGGGCAGCCCCAGGAUGAGGAAUCUCCUCCUUGCCGUGCUCCUGGCUUGUGGGCUGCUCCCGGCUGGCACCAGCGUCCUGGAGCUGGAGAGGAUGAUCAGGGUGGCCACGGGCAGGAGUGCCCUGCUGUCCUACAGCUGGUACGGCUGUUUCUGCGGCAUCGGGGGCUCCGGGACCCCCGUGGAUCCCACUGACAGGUGCUGCCAAGCCCACGAUUGCUGCUACAGGAGGCUGAGGGAGGGCAGGUGCAGCCCCCUCCUCACCCCCUACAGCUUCACCUCCUCCAACGGGAGCAUCACCUGCAGUGAGUACCGAGAGGGCAGGGGGAGCAUCCCCGAGACAGGGGAGCAUCCCCCGGGGAAAUCCAGGGUGGAU